AUGGUGUUCCGGGAGCAGACCGUGCUAGAGGUUCACCACCUCGUAAAGAAACUGGAGGCGUCUGACUCCCCGCGACGACCGUCUGUUCCAGACCUCGACGCAUUGCGGGAUAUGACGUCAUCGGUUGAGGAACCACCGACGCAGCGGCGUUGGCCGACCACGCGCCACGCCCGAUCUUGCCUCGGGAGUAAUCUGUUCCACUCGGUUUUUAAGGGACGCUUGCGAAAGGUCAAGUUUCUUUUGGACAACGGUUUGGAUGUGAAUAACAGAAACGACUACGGAUAUAACGUCCUCGUAGCGGCACUACAUAUAGAACCCGAGGAGAAACGCCGUAAGAUGUUUAAAUUUCUUCUCAACAACAACGCUGACCCGUUUCAGCGCGAUCCGAAAUACAAACGCAGCAUUCUUGCCUGGUCGGCGGUGUUAGGACGUCACGAGCAGAUCAAUCUCCUGUUAGACACGUACAUGGGUGAGUUUGAUUUCCACGAGAAAGACAAAGACGGCAUGACGCCGCUGCACCUCGCCACACAGGCGGGCCACACGGAGGUGGUCAAAGCGCUUGUUAGAGAAAUGAAGAAGUAUGGAACGACCAUCGACGUUCCCGACGGUAUGGGUCUGACGCCGUAUUUACACGCCAAGCGUCUCGGAUAUGGAUUGAUUGCGGACAUUCUCCGACAAGAGGGCGGUGCUAGCGAAGGUCAAGGCGAUUUAUACACGUUCAAGAAAGCGGACGAAUGGCGAGAAAUAGGCGUGAAAGAGAGAAACCAGGAACUGCAACGACGAAGGAGUAGUCAGUAUGAACAGGCGGCCAUUGCUGGAAGUGCCCGUAUGUUGAUGGAAUUUGAAGGCCCCGGGUAUGAAAUAAUAUCAAUACCAACGCCGCGUGCGCGCAGAAGGCCAAAAGCGUCAACGUCUAGCGAAGCAGACGUUUCCGAGAAAAUUGCACCGAAAACGGUCCGCAUAAAAUCUCCAAAGUCUCAGCUAAGUCUUCCUGUCGGCAAUGAUAUACGAGCGUAUCACCAUAACAACAAACACUCAUUAUUUGAAAACCAUAACACGCUGCCUUAUAGCGAUGGUAACGACAGGGAGUUCAUUUCGCCCAGCCUUGACACAAUGUCGCUGAUACAGAUGCGGGAACCCCGACGAGGUAUGGCGCCAAAACCCUUCCGCUCGUCUGAGCUAGACACCAGCAAGGCUAAGGAAUACGGGCACCUUGUCGGUGACCUGACCACGAUGCUUGAAUACUUGACCAUUCAACAUUGCAAAUCCUUCCGCCGCUCCGUUCCGCCAUUAAAACCGAUGAAAGAUGAAGCGCCUGUGGGCGGAAAAAAAUCGUCUACUCUCGCGAUUAUCUUUGGAAAGGGGAAGAGGGGGCGAAAAUCACCGGGAGGGGUGGCCCCGGGAACUGGAGGAAAGGGAAAGGAAAAAACUGGGUCUGGAAAGGGAAAGAGACAAAAAGCGUCAUAGAUGGAUGUUUACCUUUUGAUAAAUAUUUGUCGAGAUAUUCUGUCCUUUUUGGCAUUCUAGAGUAAUUUAAAGUGUACGUGUAUGAAAGGGAUUUACUAUUGCAUGUUCUAUACAUAGGCCCACUGCAGGAACGAUUUUGGUAUGGGACAUUUCGAUGCAUUCGUCCGCAAUGCAUAUUGUAAGGAAAAAAUGCUGUUUAUUUAAAUAUACAUGUAGUAUGAAUUA